UGCUUGCGCGCGUCCCCCGCGCGCCGCGCUGCGGGCGGGGCGGGUCUCCGGGAUUCCAAGGGCUCGGUUACGGAAGAAGCGCAGCGCCGGCUGGGGAGGGGGCUGGAUGCGCGCGCACCCGGGGGGAGGCCGCUGCUGCCCGGAGCAGGAGGAGGGGGAGAGCGCGGCGGGCGGCAGCGGCGCUGGCGGCGACUCCGCCAUAGAGCAGGGGGGCCAGGGCAGCGCGCUCGCCCCGUCCCCGGUGAGCGGCGUGCGCAGGGAAGGCGCUCGGGGCGGCGGCCGUGGCCGGGGGCGGUGGAAGCAGGCGGGCCGGGGCGGGGGCCGCGGCCGUCCCCCGAGUGGCGGCGGCGGCCUUGGCGGCGACGGCGGCGGCUGCGGCGGCGGCAGCGGUGGCGGCGGCGCCCCCCGGCGGGAGCCGGUCCCUUUCCCGUCGGGGAGCGCGGGGCCGGGGCCCAGGGGACCCCGGGCCACGGAGAGCGGGAAGAGGAUGGAUUGCCCGGCCCUCCCCCCCGGAUGGAAGAAGGAGGAAGUGAUCCGAAAAUCUGGGCUCAGUGCCGGCAAGAGCGAUGUCUACUACUUCAGUCCAAGUGGUAAGAAGUUCAGAAGCAAACCUCAGUUGGCAAGGUACCUGGGAAAUACUGUUGACCUCAGCAGUUUUGACUUCAGAACUGGAAAGAUGAUGCCUAGUAAAUUACAGAAGAACAAACAGAGACUGCGGAAUGAUCCUCUCAAUCAAAAUAAGGGUAAACCAGACUUGAAUACAACAUUGCCAAUUAGACAAACCGCAUCAAUUUUCAAACAACCAGUUACCAAAGUCACAAAUCAUCCUAGUAAUAAAGUGAAGUCAGACCCACAACGAAUGAACGAGCAGCCACGUCAGCUUUUCUGGGAGAAGAGGCUACAAGGACUUAGUGCAUCAGAUGUAACAGAACAAAUUAUAAAAACCAUGGAACUACCUAAAGGUCUUCAAGGAGUUGGUCCAGGUAGUAAUGACGAGACCCUUUUAUCUGCUGUUGCCAGCGCUUUGCACACAAGCUCUGCGCCAAUCACAGGGCAGGUCUCCCCUGCUGUGGAAAAGAACCCCGCUGUUUGGCUGAACACAUCUCAACCCCUCUGCAAGGCUUUCAUUGUCACAGAUGAAGACAUUAGGAAACAGGAAGAGCGAGUACAACAAGUACGCAAAAAAUUGGAAGAAGCACUGAUGGCAGACAUCUUGUCACGAGCUGCUGAUACGGAAGAAAUGGAUAUCGAAAUGGACAGUGGAGAUGAAGCCUAAGAAUAUGAUCAGGUAACUUUCGACCAACGUUCCCCAAGAGCAAAUUUCUAGAAUUGAACAAAAGCGUUUCCACUGGGUUUCGCCUGUAAGAAAAAAAAACAUACCCGAGCACAUACAGCUUUUUAAUAGCACUAACCAAUGCCUUUUUAGAUGUAUUUUUGAUGUAUAUAUCUAUUAUUCAAAAAAUGAUGUUUAUUUUGAGUCCUAGGACUUAAAAUUAGACUUUUGUAAUAUCAAGGAGGACGCUUAAGUUGAAGCUGAGCUUUUGAUGCCAGGUGCAAUCUACUGGAAAUGUAGCACUUACGUGAAAUAUUUGUUUUCCCCCCGUUUUAAUAUGAACCGAUCAGUAGUACCAAAUAAAUCUCCCAAUUAAAGAUUAUUGUGACUUCACUGUAUAUAAACAGAUUUUUAUACUUUAUUGAAAGAGGACACCUGUACAUUCUUCCAUCAUCACUGUAAAGACAAAUAAAUGAUUAUAUUCACAGACUGAUUGGAAUUCUUUCUGUUAAAAGAGCACACAUAAUAAAUAGCUUCCCCCGCCCCCUUGGGAUUCCUGAUUUACAGUCAGCUGUGAUCCCUGGGCCUUAGGUUUCAAAUGGAGGUGGUAGAGAAUAGUUCAUGCAUUUGCAAUACGCCUCCGAAUAGCGUGAAAACUGUGUCGCUUUCCCCUGAAUUCUCAGUUGCCAUCUAGCAUGUGUCAGGGUUUUUUUUUUUUUUUUUUUUUCCUUGCCUGUGACUAGUACUUUUGUUAGUUUUAUAAAAAUAAAGCAUUUCCUUCCCUUGGGCGUGAGUUAGGUACACAGGUACCCUUUGGAUGGUACUGGAAGUCCAUGGCUGUUGUUUUUUCUAGAACAGUUAGUGUUUUCUCAUGUCUGCUGGCUUACUGAGUUAACAGGUGCAGGUUAGACCCUUUGCUCCAGAGAGAGGCAACUUUCCAGGCAGAGUUGCUUAAUGAGCCAGAUUGUAAUACUUUACUAAUCAGUCCCCGGCCUCCACAGUAUUAUUUUGUUGUUGUUGUUGUUGUUGUUGUUGAAACUCUCAAGUGUAACUUCAUUACCACUUAAAUUCUUCGAUACCUAUUUACUACAACUGGCACAGCAUUAUUAAAUGAGUUUAAAAAGCAAAAACAUACUUAAGUUAAUGUGAUGCCAAGGAAAAGGAGGGAGUGGUUGUAAGCAAAUUUGAAGAUAUUUUGGGAAAUAAUAGCUUUCUACAGGGAGGGUUUAUGUACUUCUUCACUCUUGAGUUCUUUUGAAAUUAGACCAAGAAAUGAUGUGGUCCAUGGUGUGACCAGUUCCAUAUAAGUGUCACCUGUACCUUUUAUUACCACUACCUCCAGCACCCUUCCAGUUCCUGAGGAAGGGAGGAAUAACAGUCAAAGCAAUACAACUGGCUAGGUUUGGGCUGCUGUCUCUCUGGACCUUAUGCCAAACUAUAUUAGUAACACCUUCUUGGAAUUCCUGAUUUAUAGUCAGCUUUGAUUUCUGUCCCUUACGCCACCAGCUUCCUCAGAGCAUUCUUACUGGCAAUUGAGCCUGGAUACUUGGCAGACUCUGGGCAGACUACUGGCCAAGGAUGCCUCCUCUGGGCCCAUCAAACUGCCCCAAACAAGGUGGCCGUGGGAAGUCAAUAUUGAUAUCUUUUCAAGAACUGGUGUAGCUACUUAGAAUGGAUGUCCAAAGGCUUUUCUUAGGUUCCCCCGCCCCAAGUCCAUGAUUUCUCUUCUGUAAUUAAGCUUGGGGUAACUUCACCUUGGUGAUCAUAUGUUCUUUUUACAAAGCUAUCCAACCAAGAUAUACAUGCUUUUAUAAACAGUUUUGGUAAAAGCAAAAACACAAUGUACACACGUAUAAAACUUUGAUUUUUGUUCUUAUAUACUUUGCUCAGGUAGAGAACAAGGUAUGAAAGCCAUUACAUGGUGUCCAACUGGCGACCAUCUUAUAAGUCCAGGUCUUCCCAAGAUAUCCACAGGAUAACAUGUCCAGAAUUAAACAUUCAUUAUCUUAUUCCCCAAAUCUACCACCGUCCUGCAUCCCCUAACAAGGGUAGAAGCAAAUCAUCCCAUUCAAUUGCUCAAAGCAGGUGCCCUUGAGUGGUCCCUGUUCCCUUGCUUCCAACAUCCUGUCAGUCCUGUUAGAACUAUCAAAUGCCCUUCUCGCACCCAUACCUCUUCUCCAUUCCCGCAACCACUGCCUUCAUGCAACUCCUUUCCUCUCCUCUGGACUUUGAGUGGCUUCUUUCUCCCUGCCUCCCUCCUUCCCUCCUUCUGUCUCCAUCCCUCCUCCUCCAUAUGGUCAUCAGAAUGGUCCUCAAAUGUGACUGUAUCAUUUCCCUACUCAAAGUUUCUCACUUCUCCAUGUAAUUUUUAAGAAUUAUUUUAAGAAUUUUUAAGAGUGAGCACUUUGAAAUGAAAAGAACCUGUGUCUGAACCUUGGUUUUUGCCAUUUGUGUGACUCGUCAGGUGACUUAAUCUCCUUGAGCCCUGUUCCUCCUCCGUGAAAUAGGAAUAAUACUACCUCAUAGAGUCGUCGUGAGGACUAAAUGAGCUACUGUUUAUAAAGCAUUUAGCACAGUGCCUGGUGCAUAGUGAACGCUCCCGUCGGAGCAUGCCUUUGUCAUAACCCCUGCAGGUGUCAGUUUUAUGUCACUUCCAAGAGGCAUUUUCUAAUAACUGUAACUACUCUCCGCCCCUGUAAUAUUCGUUUUCUGCCUCAGCACUCUGUUUAUUUCCUUUGUAGAAAUCUUCUCAAUCUGUAUUUAUUUGUUGACUUUUUGUCUAUCUCUUUACUAGAAUGUAAGCUCCACGAGAGCGAGGAUGUGUCUGUCUUGUUCCCUGGUACAACCCCAGCAUUAGCCUAGUGCCUGGUACAUAGUAAGCACUUAAUAAAUGUUUGUUGAAUAAAUGGAUGAAUGAUCAAAAGGCUCUCCAUGAUCUGAUCCCUGCCUAUUUGUCUAGGUCAUCCUGCCCCUCUUAUCACCUUCAGCUCGAGAAAAACCACAUUACUUGGUCCUUCUGAGUGCCCCUUGGGCCUCUGUGUCUUUGCACCUGUCAUUCCCUUUGCCUGCCUGUCUACAUGGCAAAUUCCUGGUUACUGGUCAAGUCUCAGCUCAGUGGCUACCUCCUCUGUGAAGCUGUCCCUGAUUUCUCCAGCAAGAUGUUCUUCCCUCUUCCAGGUUCCCCCUGCACUCUGUAAAUACCUCCAUGGAAGCACUUUACUGUAUUGUAAAUUUGUUUGCAUGUCUGUUUCUACUUUUAGACUGUAAGCACCGUGAAAGCAGAGAUUGCCUCUUUUCAUCUUAAUGUCCCCAGAGCCUAGCACAGUGUCCAGCACAUAGCAGUUUUGUCAAUAAAUAUUUAUUGGAAUGAAUCUGUAAAUGAACAAAGAGCCUUGCAGUUGAAAAAGUGUUGCGAGACGAAUGUAUUAUCAAGGAAAGGAAUGCCCCUGGUGGCUUCCAGUGUAUUUCUUUGUUCUAGAAGAGAGAUCUUGAGAGCAUUAUGUAAUCUCGCUGAAUAUAAGAGUACUUGUUUGAAUUUGAAAGAUAAGUUGAGUAAUAGAGAUCUUCGUAAAUGAUUGCAAAAGAUAUCAAAAAGCUUUGUGAUCUCAAAUGCUACAAAGUCCAAAAUAAAUAUUUGCACUAUUAGUA